UUUGUGCAGUUCUUCGUGCGCUCCGUCCCCGACGCACAGGUCAAGACCUACAAGUACAUACUCAACUCCCUGCUCACGCUGCAGAGCAUAGUGCGCAAGAUAGUGGACCGCAAGCAAGGAGCAGUCAGCCUUUUCGAGCAUCACUACUACAUGCAGUCACACCCUGGGAUUGACGUGUUUGCACGGCUGUCCAGCAUCAGCGACACAAUGAGUUUGUACCUUCAAAUGGGCAUUCUCCGCGUGCGCGAGCACGUAGCUUGUGGCGACACCCUUGCCACCUUUGCUGCUUCCAUGCUGGAGGCAGGCGCUGCUGCCUCGCUGCCGGAAGCAGGCGCAAGCGCUCCUGGAGGCAUGAGAUGGCUUUCCAGGGCUGUGCUUGCGAUGCCGGUGGCAGAGGAGCAGCACUUGCCCUUGAGAGGGCUGCCGCCCAACGUGGUGCAAUGGGGGGCGGGCGAUGGUGGGAGUUACGGGAGUUACGGGAGUUACGGGAGCAGUGCAGCAGAUGCAGCGGCGUAUGAGAUGUCCUAA